AUGACCACCUGCGCUGACAACCCUGCAGAAACUCAUCGUUUAGAUGCAGCCCUCGAAAUUGAAGGCAGUCCUGCGUCAGACACGGAGUCCGGUUUCCAAGCCUGGCUCUACGUUGUGGGCGCCUUCCUCUUCAUCAUCCCUUCAUUCGGCUUCAUGCAAUCCAUCGGCACAAUCCAAUCCUAUCUAUACCUCAAUCAACUGAGUUCCUACUCCAUCGGCUCCGUCGGCUGGAUCACUGGCCUCUACCUUCUCCUCAGUUACUUCCUCAACAUCCAAGUCGAUCCCCUUCAUCUUCCUCUCCCUCGCAAUGUGUCUUCUCGAGUUCGCCAUCUUCGCAAUCGCCGGUCCCCUGCCUACCCUCGCGACAACGGGCUCGUCGAGCUUCACGGGCGAGAAUAG